AUUUAAAUUUACAAUGCAAUCUUUCAAAACCAUAGCUAUUGCUGGAGGCACAGGAACUUUGGGUUAUUAUGUUUCUGAGGCCUUUUUGAGCGACGGAUCUUAUAAAGUGAAAAUUCUUCGUAAAAAACCGGAAACAGUAAAUGAGAAAGCUAAUUUGUUGGUUUCUAAAGGCGCAGAGAUCGUAUAUGUGGAUUACAAUCAAAAAGAUGACCUCGUAAACGCUCUUAAAGGAACUGAUGUUCUUGUUAGCAUUUUGAGUGGCUUUGACACUUACAAUAUUCAAUCCAAAAUGUUGACCGUUGCUAAAGAAGUUGAUGUAAAGAGAUUUAUCCCAACCGAAUUUGGUGGCGAAUACAAGCUUGGGGAUCAUAUUUGUACGGAUACCAAAGCCAAAUUUCGAGAAGAUUUGAAAAAAAGUGGACUUGAGUACACGUUCAUUUACAAUGGGGCAUUUCAGGAAUUUCUCGGCUGGGUGGGAUUUGAUGUUAAAAAGAAGGAAGCUACGUUUUUUGUGGAUGAAAAUAAAAUUAUAUCAACCACUUCUCUGUCUGACAUUGCCAAAUAUACUGUUGAGUCACUUAAAGUACCAGAAGCUCGUAACGGUGCUAUCAGGGUUGCUGGCGCGGCUUUAACAUUGAAAGAGUAUCUUCAAAAAUUUGAAGAAGCUACUGGCUCGAAAUGGAAAGUUAUUGAAGAUAAAGAAGUACGAUAUCGAUACCUAAACAAGAUCGACCCGGUUCCUUCAGAUGCAGAUGAUUUCAAAGUCAUGGCUCUUAAUCAUACAUCGUUCGAAAAGCUUGACAACGAUAAAUUCAGCUUCACCCCGCGUCCUGUCACUGAAACUAUCAACGAGCUUAUUUCACAAGCGCAAUAAGAUCAUCUUUCACAAAUUCUGUCACAUCUUACGUUUUAGUAUUAAUUCUAACGUAUUUUAGUCAGUUCAUUAUAAUGUAAUUGUAACUUUUUUUUUAUAAAUAAAAAGCGAUUUGGAAUAC